AUGACUCAAGAACCUCAAACUGUUUGUGUAUUCUGUGGAUCUUCAUUUGGUAACAAACCCCAAUUUGCUGAAGAAGCUGCCAAGUUAGGUACCGAAUUAGCCAAGAGAUCAUGGGGCUUAGUUUACGGUGGUGGUUCGACUGGGUUAAUGGGUGCAGUUGCACGUGGUUGUGCCACUAAUGGAGGCUACGUGCAUGGAAUCAUCCCCGAAGCUUUAAUUUCUCGUGAGAGGGUGGAAGAUAAGAAGGAAGUCGCAAAUGGAAAUGGCCGAGCUGACGUUGGUGAUGCAAGCAACAACAAGGAGGAUGAAUUUAAUGCCAAAUUGAAGGAAUCAAUUGACAACCAUGAUGGUUCUACUCCCAUACCAGAUUCCAAAGAGUAUGGCAAGACCACGUUGGUCAAAGAUAUGCACACGCGUAAGAGAUUAAUGGGCCAAGAGGCCAGUGCAUUCAUUGCACUUCCAGGUGGAUAUGGAACUUUGGAAGAGUUGAUGGAAGUUGUCACUUGGCAACAAUUGAACAUCCAUAACAAACCUAUUGUGAUAUUCAACAUCGAUGGGUUUUAUGACAAUUUCUUAAAGUUUAUCAAGGAUGCCAUUGCGAGUGAGUUUGUUUCGGUUAAAAAUGGUCAGAUUAUUAAAGUUGCCAAUACUGUUGAAGAGGUUUUGGAUGCUAUUGAAAAUUACAAAGUUCCCGAGGGAAGAUUCAACUUGAACUGGUCAAGCACUUGA